AUGAAACCACAGUGGGCCAAAGUGUGCGCCCUUUCAGUAGUGACUGCCUAUGUUCCUGUGUUCUUACUUCGACAAUUUCUCAAGCGUUUCUAUUUUUCCUACAAAGGUUUCCUAUUUGAAGAUGUGAAGAAGCCCUCACUGGUCACUCGCUUAUGGGGUUUUUGCCGUCAACUGCUAACCGUAUCUCCUCCUCUUCUAAAGUCAUGCGAAGACCUUCUGCCCAGUCCGGCUGUACCGAAACUUGAGGACACUGUAGCCAAGUAUCUUGCCUCGAUGAAGCGGCUUCUCAGAAAGGACCAAUUUGAGUCACUAAAAGAACAAGCUGAUCUUUUCUUGAAAAACGAAGGCCCUCGCCUUCAUCUCUACGCGCGGAUCAUGUCAUGGACAACCUCCAAUUACAUCACUGUCUUUUGGGAGAAGUACGCAUACCUUCAUAGCAGACAACCAUUGCUGAUCUACAGCAGUGUCGCCCAUACGGACUUCCUCGAAGUUCCAGAGCAUCGGCGGGCAACGUGGGCUUACACGGCCGCUCGAGUCACGUACUACGAGGGAAUGUCCCAGCUUGCUGUGGAUAGACAGGCAGUCAAGCCGCUCGGAUCUGGUCUGCUCUGUUCGACCCACUACGACAAGCUGUACAGUGUAUGCCGUGUACCUGGUGAAGAAACAGACGAAUUGGUUAAUUAUGGGAUCUCAAAGCACAUUGUAGCUAUUUAUGGUGGAUGCUUUUACAAAGUGAUGAUGUGUGAUGAGAAAAAUCGUAUGUAUAGCAUUGAGGAACUAACAAAAAUUUUUGCGGAACUUUUUGCUCGGAAAGAAAAUGUAACCGGAUCUGCUAGCAAAGUGGCAGCACUUACCGCGGCUCGCAGGUAA